UUGUUAUAUGCCUUUGAUAUAUCUGGACCAAUAUUAAUAUGAUGGUCCAAAUAUGAAAUUAAAUAUAUAUAUAUAUAUAUAUAUAUAUAUAUCUAUUUAAAAUAAAUAAAAUUAUUUAUUUUAUCUUAAUUUUGUAUUCAAUUAAAUCAAAAUUUAUUAAAAUAUUGGUAAGAAAAUAAUAAAAUCUAAAAUAAAUUGUUUAAAUUUUUUAUUACUGAACAUGGCGCAUGAAAAUGCGUAGUAUAUUACAAUUAUCUAUUUUAUAGCCAUCCAUUUCAAAAGCUUUGUUAUAUGCCUUUGAUAUAUCUGGACCAAUAUUAUUAUGAUGGUCCAAAUGUGAUUUUGAUGAAUUCAAUCCAAUCUGCUGGUCAAAUGUGUAAUAUUUGAACAUGGGAAAAUCUAUAUAGCUUGAUUUUUGUAAAAAAGAAACAAGUUUCAUAGUUGAUUUGAUUGGAUAAAUGGUUGAUCGAAUAUUCGAUAAUAUGUGUUUGAUCUUGACUUUAGAAAAUCUGUGUUUGAUCUACUAAUCCAAAUAUGAAUUGAAAGUUGGGUAUAUACACAAAAAGAAAUACUCCUUCUGUUUUUAAAAGAUUCAUGUUCUAGAUUUUUCACAUAUAUUAAGAAAACUCAUUAAACAUGCAUUGUUUUUUGUGAAUAACAAUUUUUCAUAAUUUUUAACCAAUAGAAAUUCAAUAAACACCAUUAAUUUUUUUGAAACUUACAAUUUUUCAUAAAAUCAUACAUUAAAAAAAUAAAAAAUGUAUCUUUUUGAAACAAAUUUUUUUUCCAGAACAUAAUUUUUUAGGAACGGAGGGAGUAUAAGAUUUCAACCUUAAAAGUUGAUUCAAUCAUGUGGUAAUCAGAUGAUUCAGAACGAUUGUAUGGACCAGAUCGUAAGUUAUGUUUAUGGGCCGAUCCAGAAUAGAUUCGAUAAUUAUCCAGUAUCAUAAUGAACUAAUCCAAUUUGCAUGGUAGAUAUUGAGAGUCAUUGGGUUCGAUUAGAACCGGUCAAUCUUGAAUCACUGAUAAUCUAUUUUUUAACUGUUAUCUCUAAUACAUAUUUGAAUUUCAGAACAAUGUACACAAAACAAAUCUAGUAUAUAUCUCUAAUACAUAUUUGAAUUAAAGAAAACUAAGAACUACCUUUUUUACAUAUAAUAGUACCCACUCUAAUAGUAAUAUAUAUAUUUUCCCUUUAUUUCCAUUUUAUAUACUUAUAUUUUUUUUAUUAGCAUUGCACCACCUUUUCCAUAUAAAUGCUCACAAACUUGUGAAUUAACAAAAAAAAACAGCAUUGUUACGGAAGCAAAUCUACUUCUUCUCUGUGAAGAACAAAUGGAUUAUGAUGGUGAUGGAAGCCCAGACAACGAACACUAUACUUCAGUAAAUGCCAUGUCAAAAGAGAAGAGGAUUUGUCAUCGUCACACUCCUCAACAGAUUCAGAAGCUAGAAGCUUAUUUCAAAGAAUGUCCUCAUCCAAACGAAUCUCAGAGACAAGCGUUUUGCGAUGUGUUGAACCUCGGGAUAGACCAAGUCAAAUUUUGGUUUCAGAACAAAAGAACUCAAAGCAAAGCUCAAGAUGAGAGAACUUCAAACAUGUUGCUUCGUGAAGAAAAUGAAAAGCUCCGAUUGGAGAAUGCUGCGAUGAUCGAGGUUUUAAAGAAUGUGACUUGUCCACCUUGUGGCGGUCCUCCAUUCGGCAGAGAUGAUCGCGAAAGUAAUCUCCAUAAGAUGCGUCUAGAAAACUCUUUCUUCAAAACGGAGCGUGACAGCUUGGCGGCAGCCAAUAACAAGAAUCAACAAACCAUGUUGGACUCACUCACUUCUGUUCAAAGACAGCAAACCUUUGAAGCUCUCACCUCAUAUGGAAUGAAUCCAUACAAUCAACCUAGCUCAUUAGAAUCUCAAACCAUCCAACCACAACUACUACCCCAAAUGGAUAUACCGCAGCUGUCUGAAACUGCGGCAACUGCGGUUGAAGAGCUUAAGCGGCUAUUUCGUACCGAUGAAGCUCUUUGGGUUAUGUCGUCUAUUGAUAGAACAUAUGUGAUUGAUCAAGAGAGCUAUGAGAAGUUCUCGCACUCAGUCAAACAUUUCAGGAACUUGAGUGCUCGUGUCGAGUCUUCUAAAGAUAUCACGGUGGUUCCUAUUGAGGCAACAAGCUUGAUUGAUAUGUUCUUAGAUUCGGAGAAAUGGAAAAUGCUUUUUCCAACGAUCGUGAACGAGGCCAAGACGAUUCAUACGCUCGGAUCCGAGCUUCCGAUAAAUGAAAAUUGCAAUGUCUUGCAAGUGAUAUGGGAGCAACUACACAUAUUGUCGCCACUAGUGCCACCAAGGGAGUUUAUGAUCGUUAGAUGCUGCCAACAGAUCGGUGAAGGGCUCUGGAUUAUUGCUGAUGUGUCACAAGACUCACAACACAUCGUUAACUCUGACCAAGCCAGUCCGUCUUGUUAUAAACGUCCUUCUGGUUGUCUCAUCCGAUCCUUUCCCAAUGCUCACACCGAGGUGUCUAUUGCCUCGAACGAUCUCAACAUGUCUAUCAAUCCGUACAAAUGUAUUCAUUAUAUUUUCUUAUUUGAUGUUACUGAAAUAUUUCAGGUAAGGUGGAUAGAGCAUGUGGAAGUGGACCAUACAGCCGAUACACAUAAGAUGUAUCGAGAGCUUGUAAGUGGCAGUUCGGGCUAUGGAGCUAGGCGUUGGAUCGUCACCCUUGAGAGAAUGUGUGAGAGAAUGGCUCUCUCCUCCAUCCUAAUCAUGCCGGCUACUGACUGGAGUGAAACUAUACCGACAGUGGAAGGACGAAGGAGUGUGAUGAAAUUAGGGGAAAGAAUGUUGAAGAUCUUCAACGAAAUGUUGAUCAUGUCCGGGAAGGUUGAGUUCCCGCAGCAAUCGAAAUGUGGAGUCAGAAUCUCGAUCCGGAUGAACAAGGAACCCGGGCAACUACCCGGUUUAGUUGUCAGUGCUGCAUCUUGUCUCUCAAUCCCUCUCACUCCUUUGCAAGUCUUCAACUGCCUGAGAAGCGACGACACUCGUCACCAGUGGGACGUUCUUUGUCGUGGAAACGCAAUCACUGAGACCGCUCGCAUUUUCACCGGAUCAAGUGGAACAAACUGCAUCAACCUACUCCAGCCUACACCACUGUGGGGUACUGGACAAAAUAUGGUACAAGAACCACACAAGAAGAUGAUGGUGCUACAAGAGUGUUACAUGGACGCAUUAGGAGGCAUGAUAGUGUACUCUCCUCUUGACAUGGCUACAAUGAGUAUCGCUGCAUCUGGGGAAGUCGACCCUUUGAAUAUUCCAAUCCUUCCUUCUGGCUUCACCAUCUCAAGCGACAACAGUGAGGGAACUUUACUCAUGUUGGCUUUUCAGAUCCUUAACUCUGAUGAAAACAGUAAGACCAGAAGUGUGAGUGAGAUUGCAGUGGACAGAGUGAGUAGAUUGAUCAGCCAAACUGUUCAAAGCAUCAAGCUCAUGCUCAAUUGUCCUCCUGAGUGAGUGAGAGAAUAUUCUCUAGAGGAUUCUCUUUUGUUGUUGGAGAUAUUUUUAUUUAUGCUGGAUGUUGGAUGAUUUGGAUUGCUUAUGAUGAUUUUUCAAAGACAUGA